UCAUUGUUGGGACAAAAUUGUACCUUCUUCCAUUAUCCAGGGACCUGCAAAUUGCAAUUGCAUACUCAAUUUAGUACCUCGCAAAAAUAAAUAAAUAUAAUUUCUCUUUUCAUGCCCAUUUUUCACUUUCUGUGAUUCGACUUUCAGUUUCAGCGGAUUUGAUUCUAUGGAAUUCGAACCCUCAAAAGUUCCUAUACAACCCCUCUCCACUUUACGGCACAAAUGUUCUGCUUGUUUCAAGCAGUAUAAGAAGAAGGAACAUCUCAUUGAACAUAUAAAAACGUCUUAUCAUUCGGUUCAUGACCCUAAAUGUGGUGUUUGUAACAAGCAUUGCAAAUCGUUUGAAUCACUAAGGGAGCACGUUGCUGGUCCAUUGUCCAAAGUGAAUUGUUCAAGCAUCUUUGCAGAAAGAGGCUGCAUUUUGUGUCUGAAAAUCUGCAGCAGCGUGGACUCUCUCAAUGAGCAUAAGGAAAUAUGUCAUCUAACCACUCCUCGACCCAUUGAUACAAUUGAGAUGCUUUAUUCCGAAGACGGAGUGGAUAUAAGCAAUGGAAUUAGCAGCAUAAGAAGUCGGGAAGCAGUUGCCAUAGAUUGUGAAAUGGUUGGAGGGGGAAGUGAUUGUUCACUAGACCUUUGUGCAAGGGUAUGCCUAGUUGACGAAGAUGAGAAGCUUAUUUUUCACACUUUUGUUCUACCUCAGAUUCCUGUGACUGAUUAUAGGUAUGAAAUUACUGGUAUGACAGAGGUAAAUCUACGAGAUGCCAUGCCUCUGAAUGAAGUCCGGGAGAGAAUUUUGCAGAUUCUUCACAAUGGAGAGUCAAUUAGUAGAGUAAGAUUGGAUGGUGGAAGAGCAAAAUUACUUGUUGGCCAUAACCUUGAGAAGCACCUGGAUUGCCUGAAAAUGAAUUAUCCUGAUCAUCUUUGGAGAGAUACUGCAACAUAUCGACCCCUGAUGAAGACCAAUUUUGUCAGCCACUCUCUGAAAUAUCUAACCAAGACUUAUCUAGGAUAUGAUAUCCAAGUUGGUUCCCAUGAUCCUUACCAAGAUUCAGUGUCUGUCAUGCGGUUGUAUAAGAAGAUCCGCUCACAAGACCACCCAAUGGAAGGGACUAUUAGGGCAUCAAAUUCACCGGCUCUAAGCUUUAGCAGUAGCUCUGAUCCAUGGAAAUCCAUGGCACACGAGAACAUGACGCCUAAUGAGCUGUUAGAGAUAUCAAGAUCCAACUAUAAGUGUUGGUGUCUUGAUUCUUGGGAUGCAGCGCAGAGGUGAGUGAUGGUGAUGCUCUUGCCUGAAGAGAAGUUGGCUAUCUACACAUUUUAUUUCUACUUGCUAAUAUAGAAGUAUUUCUUCUUAUUAUUAAAAAAAGAAGAAGCAGAUUCCUCUGCUUUUUAGUCACAUUAGUCACCCUUGUAUGUUAAGUCGAAAAGGAGAGUUUUAUUGCAUAUAUAUAUAUAUAUAUAGCAAAUAAUGCAAAUGAAAACAAGAGUCAUGUUUAGCAUGGA